CAACGUCGCGCGCGGCCCGCCGGGAGUUGUAGUUCGCGCGUGCGUCCUCGCUUGGAAUUCGUCUCCCAGACGUCCCCGCGCGUUGUCCUUCUCGUCCUCCAGGCCGCCCGCCUUCGGCUGGAGUCCGACUACCGCCGUUCACCUGCCGCCGCCAUGCUGCCCGCUUCGCUGCUCCGUCGCCCUGGCCUGAGUCGCCUCGUGCGCCAGGCCCGCGCCUACGCCGAGGCCGCCGCCGCCCCAGCACCCGCCGCGGGUCCGGGACAAAUGUCCUUUACCUUCGCCUCACCCACGCAGAUGAUGGUACUGAGGCCCUGUCUGAGGAUUAAAACCCAAGCUUUGGCCCCAGUGCGUUUGCUUCUGUGUCCCCCAUCAGCACUCAGUCCUGCCUUGGUCUUUUUCAAUGGUGCCAACGUCCGGCAGGUGGAUGUGCCCACGCAGACGGGAGCCUUUGGUAUUCUGGCUGCCCACGUGCCCACCCUGCAGGUCCUGCGGCCAGGGCUGGUCGUUGUCCACGCCGAGGACGGCACCACUUCCAAAUACUUUGUGAGCAGCGGCUCAGUCACAGUGAAUGCUGAUUCCUCAGUGCAGUUACUGGCCGAGGAGGCUGUGACGCUGGACAUGCUGGACCUGGGUGCGGCUAAGGCAAACUUGGAGAAGGCACAGUCGGAGCUGUCGGGGGCGGCGGACGAGGUUGCAAGGGCUGAGAUCCAAAUCCGAAUCGAGGCCAGCGAGGCCCUGGUGAAGGCUCUGGAGUAGGCGACCCUGCAGCAGAGACCUGCUCACAGCCACCUCCUGUGCACAGCCUGCCCCCGGCCCACACCUCAUUAAAGACCAGGGACCCCA